AUGUCAUCAAAAUCUAAGCUUCCGUUAGGUUUUCGAUUUCACCCCACGGAUGAAGAGUUGAUCAACUAUCUGAAAAAUUUCGUGCUCCGCGGAGUAUUGCCAUCUACAGAUGUUAAUAAAGUAGUGGACCUAUUUGGAGACUCCGAGCCAUGGCAGAUUAUCGGUGCUUCAAAGGAGAGAACGAGUUAUUUUCUUACCCCGUUGAAGAGAUUCAAGAAUUCAACCAAAAAGUUUGCAAGAACAGUUGGGAAGGGGACAUGGAAAGGCCAAACAAGUGGUAAACCAAUUAAUGAUGGAUCGAAAAAUAUAGUUGGAUUUAAGAGAAGUUUGAAGUACCAUAGUGAUAUAAAAAAAGACCUCAUGAAUGAUAAGUGGCUCAUGACAGAAUAUUUUUUGCCGGACGAGUACAUUGAUAAAAGCGGCAAUAAGUAUAAUUUCAUCUUGUGCAAAAUCAAAGAGAAGCAAAAAAGUGAGAAAGAUGGUAAUGAGGUCAUGGAGGAAGAUGUUGAUGAAGUAAUUGCUUCUAUAUUAGGAAGUAAUUAUGAUAAUCAUCAAGUAAUUACCAAAGAUGACAAAUUAAUUUUAGCGGUUGUAAACGAAGAAGUUAAUUAUGAAGUGAGGACAAAUUUUGAAGCAAGGCAAGCUAAUAAUUAUUUGGAAGCUGGGGUUGAGCAAUUUAAUGGAAUUAAUCCGUAUGAGAAUUAUAGCUAUGAUUCCUUGAUUGGAAUGAUUGGAUUCGAAGAAGAAUCAGAACAAGUUUUGGGUGACCAAUACUUCAAUUUGCAUGAAUAG